UGCCAUCUGAAUGGGGGUCUUUUCUAGCAUCCUGUAUCCUAAAGUCCCUACAACAAUAACUACCGCUAGCCCUCUGAUUACAAAUAGUUCCUCUGCCUAUCUUCUUUUCCCCACCACAUCCCCCUCUUAGAGGUAUAGGGUACAGCGGUUACAGGGUUAGAUCUUAAACAGAAACAGACUCUUCCUCUGGAGCCAUUGGAGGUUAUCAGGACCAGGGGUGAUAGAGAGAACCCCACGGUAUUAAUGUGUGUUAACUAAAUCCUCCCACCCUUUACUUUUGUUCCAUACCUAGGAAAUGUGAUGCUGUAAUCUAACGUUCCAGUCCAGUGUGCUUUUUUUCACCUCUUUUAUUUAUAUGAUCUUCCUACUUGAAGGCCAUUUAAAUAUCUUAAGAGAAGUUUAGUUCCCUGGCCCCAAGGGGAUUAGUGAUUAACUCAUAGUAUCUGUUGAAGUGAUGGUCAUAUUUUGUUUGUGGUGCUAUGAACAAGGAUGUUAAAAUGUCUUUCUAUAAAUUAUCAACAUCGUUAUUGAAAUACAACCAUCUUUAGGGUGAAGGGUGGCCACCAGCUGGCUCAUAAACACACUCCACAAAGAGCAUUCCACGUGGAGACCUGGAAGUCUGAAGGAAACUUAAAAAAAGAAAUGAUCCCCCAUGGAUUUGAGAUUAUGUUAGUCGACUCCCGCUGAUGGCAUGUUGAAGUUCAUUGAACAGCAGCUGAGAGGGCGUCUGAUCAGAAGGGGACUGCUCUAAAAGCUGGGCUUGCAACAACAUGGGCCAGUGUGUCACUAAGUGCAAGAAUCCUUCUUCCACCCUUGGCAGCAAAAAUGGAGAUAGAGAAUCUAGCAGCAAGUCUCAUGGCAAAAGAAGUGCAGUUCACAAAGAAGAACAUACCUCGGUAUGUGCGAAAUCCUCUGGUGACAUACUUGUCAAUGGGACAAAGAAAACAGAUACUGCUUUAGAUUCUAGUCAGCCUCCAGCUUUCUCUGGGGAUGCAAAGAAAGAGCCUGUUUCCGGCACAGAGGAAUCUUCAGUUCAAAGGAUUGGGGAAUUAUUUAGGAGAUACAAGGAUGAACGAGAAGAUGCCAUACUAGAAGAAGGCAUGGAACGUUUUUGUAAUGACCUCUGUGUUGACCCCACUGAAUUUAAAGUGCUAGUCUUGGCUUGGAAAUUCCAGGCAGCUACCAUGUGCAAAUUUACAAGGAAGGAGUUCUUUGAGGGCUGCAAAGCAAUAAAUGCAGACAGCAUUGAUGGCAUUUGUUCUAGGUUCCCCAGCCUCUUAAAUGAAGCCAAACAAGAAGAUAAAUUCAAGGAUCUCUAUCGUUUCACCUUUCAGUUUGGCCUGGACUCUGAGGAAGGACAGAGGUCUCUUCAUCGGGAAAUAGCCAUUGCCCUUUGGAAGUUAGUCUUCACCCAAAAUAAUCCCCCUAUAUUGGACCAGUGGUUAAACUUCCUAAUUGAGAACCCCUCAGGAAUCAAGGGAAUCUCCCGGGACACAUGGAACAUGUUUCUAAAUUUUACUCAGGUGAUUGGACCAGACCUCAGCAACUACAGUGAAGAUGAGGCCUGGCCUAGUCUCUUUGAUACCUUUGUGGAAUGGGAAAUGGAACGAAGGAAAAAAGAAGAGGAAACCAAAUAUAUUACAUGUUCAGACACAGAGGGUCCGGGUAUAGAAGAACAGACUUAACAGCAUUUAAGCAGCAGUGAUGGAAAUAACCUGUUGCCCUUCAUUAAAUGUAAACUCUGGACCUUUCUGGAAAUUACUGAGGCUCCAGAUUUUUCUACUUUACACCUUUCUCUGCCUUGUAUUUGAAAGGGCUUUAAAAUGCUGUAUCAUGGUUUAGGCACUUUCUUAAUUUUGGUUACCUUUAACUCUUGCCCUGAAAUAUUUGACCCUGACUACAAGUUAAAAACAGUUGUUUGUUGUUUUUUUUAAAAAAAGAUUUCAGAUUAGUAUUAAGUCUGACAUUUCUUGCACAAUGUAGAUCUUUUUGUUAGGUUUAAAUUAACAUUGCUAAAUUAUACAGUGCCAGAUUCGAGUUUUGUAUCCCAUAUCUAUCAGGGCAGGUCUGUACUGUGUGUAGUGCUGUUUACAUUGUUGAAAUUUUAGGUUAUAUUAAUUUUAAGGUUUUAUACCAAUAUGAAUAGCAGUGUUAACUGCUAACUACAAAUGCAUUAAUUCCCAGAUAAUAAGGCUCUAAAAACAAUAUAAGUGACUGCUUUUUGUAAUAUGUCUCAAUCCCCUUUUUAGCUAACUGUCAAAAAACAUGAGUUCAGGUCAUUCUUUUUUUGGAGUAUUGAACUAAAUGUUGGAUUUUAUUUAUGAAAACAUACUGUACCUGUCAGUCAACUGAAUUGUAGUUAACACUUUGUAUCUAAAUUACUUAAGCAUCACAUGCAAAAGAGCAGUGCUACCUCAGUUUUACUGGAAGUAGACUUCCUUGAUGAAUUUUCCUUUCUGCUGAAGAAGUCAUUCAUAUUUUUAUGACUAUGUGAAAAUACUUUGGAGCCAAAGGUUCUGCUUCUUAUGGCUGGUAAACAUUAACAGGAGCAAAAAAGCUGCUUUCGAGGGAAACUGGGGUAUGUAAAUCUGCUUUAAUUUACACUUGAUUUGUAUUAUCAACUUACUUGUCUGGCAAGUGCAGUACACUUGUGUAGGGAUCUCUUGCAUUAAUGUUGACCAGACAAUUUUUUAACUUAAUUGCUAAAGCAUAGUUACAUCCCUCCAAAUUUUCUGGGGCAGCAACAACAUUGGCACCCAAUGGAAAAGUGAGUGCUUCAAUGUGUUCUUAAUGACAACACUGUAGACCGUUCAUUUUUAGGCUGAUUUAAUAAUGUUUAAAUAGGACUCAAUUUAUUGUUUUAAAAUUAUCUGUUCUGGGAUUAUUUGCCUGUUGUGACCUAAAAAGGGAGUUUUAUUAACACUGGUUGAAUUUUUUUGGUUAUUGAUGCUACCUUUCUAAAUUUUAGUAUAUCAGCUUUUUUAUACUUCUUGGUAAAAGGGAUAACGGCUGAGGCUUUCUAUUAAGCUAAGCAUUGGCUCCGUAUAUUUGAUACAUUUCUAUUAUACAACUUUAUUUUCAAAGUUGUAAUUCAGGAUCAUAAAAUGGCUUAAAGUUUAAAAAUGAAACUGGUGAGCAAUUAGUUCCUGUUGUCCGAUGGUUCUUGUGCUGUCGAUUGCUACCUUGCAUCCCAGUGCCCAGGCAGGUGCACCCACGGACUCUCACAAUGGUCACUGCAUGCUAGCAAAUCCAGUGGCAAGAGCUCAGUUUUGAGAUCGUGCAUCAUUAACAAUGCUUGUGUAAUUAAACUAAAGUAUGUAUCGGUUUAAGAAGAUGUGCUCAAAUUACAUCUUCUUACCAUGAUGAGAGGUCAGUGUUCUGUGUGCAUUAGGGAUGUGUAAAAAUUACAGAAAACGAAUGUUGCUCCCAUUUCAAGCCUAACAGAGGUUGUCAAGUUGCAGGAGAAACACGAAAUUUAGGACUUGGUUCCUGGUUAUUAAAUAUAUGCUGAAGCUUUGUGUA